AUGAGUGAAGCUAGUGUUACACCGGCACCUGUUAGUGUGAAAAAGCAUGAAAGUGAACAUAAUCAACAAGUGGUUGAAGAUCCAGACACUGAUAAACUCGUGAUUCCUUGGGACAAAGUUGAUCAGGAAAUUGAUGUGAAAAGUUUUACUGGAUAUACUGUCAAAUUAAAUGGGUGGAUUAGACAUGACAUUAGAGGUCAAAGAAAGACAGAGAUCGAUGAAAAAGAAGAAAGUGCAAAUGAAGAGCCAGCGGAUUUGAAGGAAUAA